AUGUUGUGGUACCCGACUGUGUACCUAUAUCCUGAUGGUGAAAUGACCGGUAAGGUGUUAUACGAUUGGGAGAGAGAAAGAGAUUUUUUAUAAUACAGGUUUGAAAAAUGUUUAAAACGGUAUCCAUAUCAAUUUCAGAAUGCUUCACCUUUGGUUGUAUAGCCAAUGGCAAAGCUGGCGUUUACUACAAUAUACGGUUAACAGCUGGCAUAAUCAACAUUAUACUGGUCAUUAUCUUCACUGUAUCUUAUGUUAUUUACAGUUCAAAAAGCAGCUUUUUCGCUGCUCGGGCUGCUGAUAUGGUAAUUCUUUAGAGGUUGCAUUUAUUAAGUGCCGACAUAAAGAACCCACCAUACUUUUAAUGUAAUUUCCGGUAAAAAAUGGCGGGUUCUUUAUGUUGGUACCUAAUAGAAUUACAUGUAUAUGUAUUACAGCUUUAUCAGUAAAUUUGCAUUCGUUAUCAUUUAUUUUUUUUUCGUUAUCAGUAAAUUUUUUUUUGGGUUUUAAGCCAUAUCCGGCUGUUUUUAUAUUAGGUUGAACCAAAAGUAGUAAGACACUUUUUAAUUUAAAAAUAAACCAAAAAUGUCUCGCUACUUUCUGUUCAUCCUAAUCAAUAGUUGCUAAUGUUACAGAACUUUACAUUAUGAUAUUUUUUCUUCAGAACUCAAGGAUGCUACGUUCAGUGACAAUAAUCGUGACAAAUGAGAUAUUAAUCAGCGCCAUUCCUCAAGCAUUUCCUUUGUUCAGAAGUUAUGCUGGACAGAAAGGAAUCUCACCGCUUUAUGGUGCCCUGUUUUGUUUCGAACAUUCGAUAUUAUUGGCCAGUUAUGUGCGAGCUUUUUGGAAACGACCAAAAAGAACUUCUACUAGAGUUACUAGUGUUACUACUACUUACAAGUAA